UAUACAAAUACAUAUAUGAACAGUCCAAGCUGCAUUUAUCUUAUUUCGCUACGACAUCUUUCACAGCGAAUCAUUUGGAAUACUUCUUUUCCUGACAAACAGCUGCGGUAUAUGCUCUUUAUUUUCUACCUACUUAGUUGCAGGGAGAUUACAUGUGGCAAAGAAACAACAUUGCAGCGGCGUUUUAUGUGGAAACAAAUGCAUAUGGAUAACUUAAUGAGCGACAUGGCUACCGGAGCUUAUGCCAUGAAACACAUGCUUUCCGACUUAGUGCCCACUGCACACUCAGUGGUGCCAAGAAAGCUGUUAGAUUACUUACCAUCCGAAACGACCCGAGUAAAAUAUAUCAUACAUAAUCCCACAACGAAAAAGCCUGUGAAAAUCAUAAAACUUCGACCAACUAAAAAGGUUGUUAAAAUAAUGCACAAACCAAGUGGAACUACAGAUCUGAAAGUCGUAAAUCCACAUAAAAAUGGUUUUCCUCCACAUCUUAGCAACGACCAAAUGGAAAAGUUGGAGAAGCAGCAAGAGUUAAUUGCAGAAGGGAGAUUAUCAUUUAAAACUGGCGAUAAUUUACUCAAUCAGAUAUCGGAGGGUGAGAAACAGGCGCAGCAAACGCAACCAGAAAUCCAUGAAGAGUAUAAUUCAUGGUUGCCCGUUUUGGACACUGGUAAUCUAGCCUCUGAGUACCCAUUACACAAGCCGAAUGUUUUGAGUUCACUGCACACGAGCAUUAUGGCAGAAUCACUGCCAAAACCUGAAAAACAAAUUGCUGAAAACCCAAUAAUUUCCAAUGACGAGGUGAAUCAACACCAAAACUUUGACAUAUUGGAUGCACAAGACUACCAUGACCAGGCACCGCAUUCCAAUAGUUAUGAGGUAACGGAACACAUAGCUGAAGAGUCCGUAGCACUACCCUUGUCGCAGGGUUCGCGCAUUAGUGUUCGAAUUGGCAAUGCGCCUUCUAGAUUUUCUCUAAAACAAGGCACAAAUAUACCGAACAGAGAAAAAUUUUCAACGACAUCCACAACUACUACAACAGAGGAGCCGCCCAAUUACCCACCAAGUUUCUUGCGUCGCUUUCAGGAACGUUCAAAUGCCGUUGCAGCUUCGGCAUCGCCAACUUCUGCCAUUAGAACAAAACAGCGUAAGAUUCUCGUCGAACAAAGCGAUUGGACACCAGGCGCUAAUAUUGGUAACUCUAGAGAAGCAGUCAAGCUUAGAACUCGGCUUCAAGGAAUGAAACCCCGUAUCAAAAGUGAGAAAUGGCCCCCGGAGCCUUUAAAUUCAUCUUCCCCUACUUCAAUAACACAUUCGACGCCAGACAAAUUUUCAGCAUCCGAUAGCUUUGCUGAAAUAAAUUCUUCGAUAUUUACUACUGCAACUACAACACCAAAUUCGGCAAUAGAAACUAAACAGUUGUCCGCAAAGACAGCGUCUGGCAGAUUGAGAGAUCAACCGCAGUCUCCGUCUGUUAAAGGGAGACAAAGAGCCGAAUUGCCAAAGCUUCAACAAAUGCGACUGAAUAAUCGUGGCUCAAUUAAAUUUGGUGAUAAAAUAUUUUUAGAAGAAUAAAUAUAAAUACGUAUGUAUGUACGUACUUAUAUUAUAUAUGUCUACUCAUACCUGCGAUGAAACUAGAUGUCACUUCUGUUAUUUGAAGUACGCACACGAGAUGUAAAUUAGAUUUUUAGAAGGAACAACCAAUACAAUUACUUUAAGAAGCAAGUUUCAACGGUAUAAAUGCAUAGAUGUUUCUGUUUUACAUGCACAUAUAAAUAUUUAAA